AUGAGGCUUGCUAGCAAGUUUCACAUAGUCUGUGCCUUUGCGGUGUUCAGCAUUCUGCUUUCAGCCUUGUUCCUCGGUUCCCAGCAUUUCUACUACCGCAAGGUCGGCGCGGCGGACCAGCCAACUGUGGAGUUCCAGGCACCGGCCUCACCUGACCGCAGGCUAGUUGUGUUUGGUGAUACCUGGAGCGAUAAUAAUGCCAAAGAGAUCCAGGGUGGGAAAGUCUGGACCGACUGGCUUUGCUCUUCUUUCUCGUGUCAUCACGAGAACCUUGCGCAAACUGCCAAGUCUCUGAAGGGGACCUAUAUUGGGUCUGUCGUUGAUAAUGAGGAGCUUGCGGGCACCUUUCUCAACUUGUACAAGUCCCCGUUGUCUGACUUCAAGGCCCAGGUCAAACAGUGGGUGGGCACUGAGACAAAGGCUAUUCAGCAGCUCGACGAGGCGGUGAUCCAUGAUCGCCGCAAUCGCACCAUCGUGGUAGUCUCUUUUGGGGUCUGGGACUUGUGGAAUAUGAUAGAGAAGGACUACGAGACAGCCACCAAGUCUGUUGAUCACAUCGUUGAGGUCAUCAUGGAACAAUUGGAAGUACUGUCUCAGAAUUGGGGCAACGACGACCUCAAAAUCAUCCUGACACUGGUUCCCGAUGUGACCUUCCUUCCCGCCUUCCGCCCACACGGGGAUCAGAAUGUUUCCACCUACAAAGAGACAGUCAAGCUUGUUUCUCACUGGAACAGCAAACUACGAGGCGCAGCGGAGCAAUGGGGGAGGGGGGCCAUUUAUCUUUUCGAUACAGAGUCGUUUGUCACCGAUCUUAUCCGAGAUCGCCAGCUUUUUGUUGCGGGUGUUGAAGAAUCCAACGGGCUGGGAAAGAACCAAGACCCCGGCUGGGAGAAUGUUGAGGACGCCUGUGUGGAAAGCAGUCAACAGUGGGUGGUGACAUCAGAGAACAAGCGCUGCGACCAUCCGGACAAGUACCUUUUCUGGUAA